AUGAUCCGCGGGGUGCGCCACUACAGCCUGGCGGUGCGUCAGCCCGAUGGCGGCAUCUUCUGCGACACCGAGCCCGUCAGCUCCCGUUUCUCCGGGCGCAUCCGGCGUGUCCCCUUUGUGCGGGGUGUCUUGAUCCUGUCCGAAACGCUAUGGUACGGCAUGAAAUCGCUGCAGCGUUCCGCCAUCAUCGCCGCCGGUGAAGCCGACGGCCCUGACGCCGGCGGCUCGUCCGCCAGCAAGUGGGUUAUGGCACUGACCAUGGCGGUUGCCCUGGCCCUCGGCAUUGGCAUAUUCCUGGUGCUUCCCCUCCUGGCCGUCCGCCUCAUCGACCCGUUCCUCGAAUCCUCCGUGGUGAGCAACCUCAUCGAGGGCGUGAUCCGGUUGGUCAUCCUGGUGGCUUACGUGGGCGGCAUAUCCGCCAUGAAGGACAUCCGCCGCGUCUACGCCUACCACGGCGCCGAGCACAUGGCGGUCCAUGCCUACGAAGCGGGUCAUCCGCUCACGGUGGAAAACGUGCGCCGGCACCCCACACCUCACCCCCGUUGCGGAACGGCCUUUCUGCUCACCGUGGCCGUGGUGUCCGUCCUGGUGUUCGCCCUGCUGGGCCGCCCGGACCUCGAGUGGCGCAUCCUCUCCCGCAUCGCGCUGAUCCCGGUGGUGGCGGCCGUCAGCUACGAGAUCAUCCGGUUCGCCGGCGCGCACCGCCAGGCGUGGUUCGGGAAGGCCAUCGCCGCGCCCGGACUAGCCCUCCAGCUGAUCACCACCCGCCAGCCCGACGAGGACCAGAUCCAGGUCGCCAUCGCCGCCAUGGAAGCCGCCCUGGCAGCCGACCGGGCGACAUCGCCGGACCUUGCCGAAAACCAGGCGUAG